UAUUAUCUUCCUCAUUUACCACUCUACACACCCUUUUCUUCAAAUCAGAACCCUACCACACCUCUCUUUCUCUAUCCACUCUCCUGCUCCUUGAGAUUCAGCCAUUGCAGCCUACAGAUCCGUGCCAACCAAAUCAGCCGUAUUGCAGAAGUGAGAUUUUUCAGUUUUGUGAGGACAGGGCAAUGCUUGGGUAGAUUACAGGAAACUUUUGUAUCUACCAGACUUGGUGUGAGAGUGUUUAAGACAAUGACUGGUUUAUGUGUUGCUGAUUCUUUGAGCUCUUCGUCUCCUCCUGUAUCUGAUGGAGAAUUAAAUCUCCGGCCAUUAUCUUUAGGUAGUGGAGAUCUGAAAAAAUCUCCAUCCACAAGUGUUCAAUGUACACCUGACAUUGAAAAGAAGUAUGUUCAUCGUGUUUAUGAAGCAAUUGCUCCGCAUUUCAGUUCCACUAGGUUUGCCAAGUGGCCAAAAGUGUCGACGUUUUUGAAUGCAUUGCCACGUGGUUCUCUUGUUUUGGAUGCGGGAUGUGGUAAUGGAAAGUACUUGGGACUGAAUCCAGAAUGUUUUUACAUUGGUUGCGACAUUAGUCCUCCUUUGAUUAACAUAUGUUUGGAUAGAGGAAAUGAAGUCAUGGUUGCAGAUGCUGUAAAUAUGCCUUAUAGGAAUGAUUUUGGUGAUGCGGCGAUUUCUAUUGCGGUACUACAUCACCUAAGCACUGAAAGCAGAAGGAUAAAAGCUAUUGAAGAAUUACUACGAGUUGUCAGGAAAGGUGGGUUGGCCCUUAUAACAGUUUGGGCAGUAGAACAAGAAGAUAGGACUUUGCUUACCAAAUGGACUCCUCUUGCUGAGAAGUACUCUAGUGAGUGGGUGGGACCAGGUAGCCCUCGUGUACGUAGUAGUCCUUCACCUUUUGCACUUGGAAGAAUUCCAGAAACUGAUGAGAAUGGUGGAAAUAGGAUAAUAUAUGAUCCCGAGGAGAAGAGAGAACAUGAACAUGUAGCUGUAGACGAGGAAGGAAGUUCCUUGACAUCGGGAAAUGAAAACGACAUUGACAGCCAACAGGAGUAUUUUGUUCCAUGGCAUUUGCCGUAUCACCGUGCUGAAAUCAGCGGCGCAUCUGUUGGUGCUCUUGCAAGCGGACUAGCAAAAAGAGACGAGAAGAAAGGCACUGUGGUAUACAACCGAUAUUACCAUGUCUUCAAAGAGGGAGAGCUUGAAAGGUUAACUUGUGGUAUCAAGAAUGCAGUCAUACGUGAUCGUUUUUAUGACAAAUCUAAUUGGUGUAUUAUUCUCGAGAAGACAUGAUUAUCUAACGCAUGCUUUAUUGUUGUGAUACAAUUAUGAUAUUCUCCACCAACUUGAGCUUGUAUUGCACAAUUCGUUCUUUAUCAAUGAUAGAAAAAGGUGUGUUAUCUGGGAAAAGAGGUGUAUACUUGAUCAUUUAUGGUCGAAGGAUGUGGACUCCGCAAAUAGGGCAUGUCCUUUUGUUUUCAAUUUUUUGAUUCCAACCAUUGAUGAAUGUUUACACCUCCCAAUUAUACACACAAUGCUGGUAUUAUCGCUA